AUCCCAAAAGGCCGAAAGCGCCGUCACGCGGACCCGCGACUUGUCCCCGCACCACACGACGCCCGUCGCUCCUGCCCCGGCGGCUACUCUCCCCCCACGGCGCUCCGCUCGCUGCUCGCCGGCUUCCUUCCGCCAGCUCCAGUCCGCUCGCGAUGAAGAUCGCGGUGGAGGGAUGCAUGCAUGGGGAGCUGGACAUCGUCUACGACACACUCCGCAGGCUCGAGGAGGCCGAGGGGAUCAAGAUUGACCUCCUCCUCUGCUGUGGCGACUUCCAGGCUGUUAGGAAUACAGAUGAUUUACGGUGUGUUAACGUCCCACUAAAGUAUCGUACCAUGAACUCAUUUUGGAAGUACUACUCAGGACAAGCAGUUGCUCCAUACCCAACCAUCUUUAUCGGUGGAAAUCAUGAAGCAUCCAAUUAUCUGUGGGAAUUGUGAGUCUUUGCAGUUUCUAUAACUUGCAGACCAAUCAGGAUAUCAGGUUGAGUUAGGUUCAAAAAAAAAAAGAUAUCAGGUUGAGGUCUAAAAGCUGUGUUGUGUGCAAGUGAAGAUGGAUUGAAACUUGAAAGGGAAAGAGCCUUUUGGGUUACUGUUUCUAAAAACAAAUUGAAAAUACAGUGCAAAUGAACAGUUCAAUGUGCGAUAUU